AUGAACUUUUUAAAAAAAUUCUUAGGAUCAGCUCCUACAGACGAAGUUGCCCUGAUUCCAUCGGGGAGGUUAUUUCUUGCAAGAUCACCGCAGUCACCCAAGGGAGAGUUAGAAUGCUUAUAUAAUGAUGCUUUUGCGUCGAUUAGACAGACAACUACUCCAUUUUAUUACCAGUUAUGCAUAACAAGAGUAUAUCAAGAGGGAGAGCUAGAUGCACAUGGUUCAAGUGGAUUUGAUGAUUCAGAUGACUCCGAUGAGGACGAUCACGAUACGCCCCAUUCAAUUAGCGAUUCUAACGCAGGCGGCCACUCGAAAGAUGAAUGGAGCUUCCCUAUUCUGGAGGAAUUGAAAAUCCACACUUACGACAAGGCGGAUGGGAGUAAGACGUUGGCAUGGAAGGAUUUGAAUGGGGAUUUGGGCGAUAGAUUUGAAUUCACCGUGGACAGUGAUAUCAAGUUGACCGAGUUCGAUUCGUUUAUGUUUGCAUUGUACAAGUGUUUAUUUGAACUGAAGUAUCAUAAGAGUUCUCUCAGUAUUACUAAUAUGAGUCAAUUACAGGAAUUCAUUUACAAUCCUAAAUCCGAAUUGUUGACAUUUGAUGACCUCAGAGGUGAUUUUCUGAAUUAUGAGGACGACGAGGCGUCAGAAGAUGUCGAUACGGGGGACGAUUAUCGAUCGGUGUCAUCGACGGACGAAUUUCAUGAUGCUGAAUCCCGUACGACCCCCAGCGCGACGAUCAAAUCUAGCGGAAAGGCUGAAAGGUCGCCUGUUAAAUCGAAUGUCGCUGGUGUCCCUUCUAUAUUUUCGUCAGAUAAAGAAGCCUUGAAUACGGGGAAUGUGCUCUAUGAAUGCUCGAACUUUGAUUUGCAUUUAUUCGAUUCUGAUGCGGGGGUUUUCAAUCUUCAAGUGAAGAAGCCAGAGUUGAACCUCAAGAUAAUUGAGUUGGAAAAUUGGACCUAUUCCUUGCGUUUAUUGAGUAGUCAUAAGUCGAAACCAAUUAAUUUUGAAUGUAUUCUCAGUGCAGAUAUGAACCCGACCUUCAAUUUUGAGUAUUUAUCAUUCAUAUUCAAUCAUUUUAUUCAAAAAUCGGAGACCCAAACAUUAGCGUAUUCUUGGUUAUUAAAGUUUUCUCAUUUCAAUGAAUUACAAGAGUUUCAAGUUAGCUUCAUGAAGGCCAUGUGGGAAUCCUUAAAUAAGAUCAAAUGGAACAAAAGCCGUCCUUCAGAACAGGAUUAUGUCCUCGAUGCGUUCUCCAAUCUCGCGAUCGACGAUGAAGAUCUUACAGAAAAUGAUAAAAAGGAGAUUAAUGAAAUGAGUGAUGACGAUAUGCUAAUUGAUAAUGAUUAUAGUGAUGACGAAGAUGCGAUCAGCAAAUUAGUUAACAGAAGUAUACGUGGCGAAACGACGAAGCCUCGUCAUAAAUACGUAGAUGAUGAUGAUGAUGAAUAUGGUGAUUACGAUGAAGAGAAGCAAUUGGAUGCCUUCAAACGUGAACAAGAUAAAAAUUCAAAUUUAUCAGUCGGGUACGCUAAUGAUAGAUCAUACGUAGUAAGGGGUGAUAAAUUAGGAGUUUUCAAUAAUAAUAAUAACAAUUUGAAUUACCAAACUACCAUUUCCAAUCUAAAAACUUUGGAUGGUAAAAGGUUUACUCCAGAACAAGUAAUGUUGCACAUGCAAGAUCAACAUAUGGUCAUGUCUAAUAAGGACAUGGAUGAUAAACGACUCUAUAAAAUGGAUUUAAGCAGAGGAAAAAUUGUUGAUGAAUGGGAAGUGGACGAUAUAAUACCUAUUGAAUCGUACGGUCCAAACAGCAAAUUCUCUCAGUUAACCAAUGAACAGACAUUAACUGGUAUGUCAAGGAAUAAGUUGUUCAAGGUAGAUCCAAGAUUACCAACAACCAAACUAGUUCAAGGAGAUGACAACCUUAGAACACCUAAUUAUAAUUUCCUGGCGCUUUCUACCACUGAACAAGGAUUCCUUGCAGUCGGUUCAGCAAAGGGUGACAUUAGAUUGUUCGAUAGAUUGGGUACAAAUGCGAAAAGUUUGUUGCCAUCUUUGGGUGAAGCUAUCAUAGGAAUCGAUGUUUCAAAUGAUGGAAGAUGGAUUUUGGCUACUUGUAAAACUUAUUUAUUAUUGGUUGAUGCUAAAGUUGGAGCUAACCAGCGAAACGAAGGAAGCCUCGGAUACGUUAAAUCCUUUGACAAGGACAAGAAGCCUAAACCAAGAAGAUUAACGAUCAAACCCGAGCAUGUUGCAUAUAUGUCCAUGAAAACAGAGGGCAAACCAUUACAAUUCACUAAAGCAUAUUUUAAUACCGGUAUUGAUUCGAAGGAAACUACAAUUGUUACAUCCACUGGUCCAUAUAUUAUAUCAUGGUCAUUAAAGAAGGUCUUGAGUAACAACUCGAGUAAGGAAGAUCAACCAUACUUGAUCAAAAGAUAUGACCAGAAUGUUAUCGCCGAUAAUUUCAAAUUUGGUUCCAACUCAGAUGUUAUCAUUGCUUUACAAGACGAUGUGUCAAUGGCAAAUAAGAAGAACUUUCGUAAGGCCAACAAGAGUUCCUUAUUCUCCAGAGAUAACGUUGUCAAUAAUUAUUAG